AUGGCAGACUACCAACCUCCAGCGCCAGCGCUACAGGAGCAGGAUCGCAAGGGCAAAGUUGCCAUUGUCACGGGAGCAUCAAAAGGCAUAGGCCGCGCUAUAUCGCUCUCCCUCGCAACCCGCGGCUGUUCCAUCCUAGGAACCUAUUCGUCUCCCCAAUCCGCCCACAUCUUCGACACUCUCUCAAGCACAAUUCGCAACCUCUACGCUGCCACCGAAAGCAAAGCUCCCACUAUACGGGGCGUAGCCGCAGACAUAACAUCUCUCUCCUCCGUCGACACUCUUCUCAAAGCCCUAGCAACCCACUUCCCGGGUCAGAGUCUAAGCAUACUCGUUCUCAACGCAUCGCAUAAUACGCGACCUAGACUGGGCAGCGCAAGCGAAGAUGAUAUCACCAACUCUUUGAUGGGGAAUUUGCACUGGCCCAUCGUGCUCAUGGAGAAACUGGUCCGACAAAGUCUUUUCACGCCACAUAGCCGCGUCGUAGUCAUAUCUUCCGACCGCGUACGAGACCCAUCUCCCGGAUCCGGUUUAUUCAAUGCAACACGUACAGCCAUGGAGUCGCUGGUACGCUCGUGGGCCAUCGAGUUGCCGCACAGCUUUCCAGGCACAACGGUGAAUGCUGUGUCUGUUGGGCUGACGGACACACCUGGACUACGCGCCUUUCCAGCCGAAGCCGUGCAGGCGUUGAAGGAGCAGAGGUUGCCUAAGGUGAAGGUUGUUGAGGGAGGAAGAAUGGGUCAGGCGGAGGAUGUGGCGGAUGUUGUGGAUUUCCUGAUUAGUGAGAAGAGUAGGUGGGUUACUGGGAGUGUGGUUGCGGCGAAUGGAGGGGCUGAGUGGGUUGGUGGGAGUUCGUAG